AUGUACUACCAGCCUGCUCUUUUAAUGUCCUUGUUAGAGAGAAGUGGUGACGGUGGCGGCUACCAUCCACAGCCCAACGGUGAUUCACCUACAUGGUGUAAGUGCGGGAACUGUCGUGAAAUGCCAACAGAAGUUGAGAAGUGUUGUGGGUACGUUCCGAGGAACUGCAUCAGUCUGGAACCGGAAAUGGAAAUAAUUCUACUGGAGCCAACAGUACUCCGUAUUGCCCGAAAUUAUCGGAAUGAUGUGUGCGCCCUACCCGCCCAAGAAAACCCUGACGAGAACAAGUCAAUGAGGCAUGCUGCUUACAGGCAGUAUGUUUUAUGGCAGAGUGAAUACUUAGGGAAAGACAGGCGUAUCAUUCCAAGUUGCUGGAUUUGGAAGAUAAGAAAUCGGUAUCCUGAUCCGUUCGGACAAUACGUUGGCUUCAAACCUUCUAGGUUGAUAUAG